AUGUCUGAACACUUCAGGGUUAUCGAAGACAUGGAAGACGAAGAUAUGGUGGAGGACGGACCACCGGACGAUCUCUAUUUUCAUCCUGAACCAGGGAGAGAGUCUCUGUCUGGGGACGAGCAGUGGGUCCCAGGUAGUAGAAAACCUUAUCAGCCAGAUCCGUUAUUCUAUGACGCACUAUCGGAACGUUCGAGCAAUACUCCUCUUCGAGAACGUUCAGAAGAGCCCGACUUGCUUGAUACACCUCGACCAAACCGAAUUCUAGGGCAUGGCGAGGAACCAAAUCAACCUAUGCCGUUGUCGCCUACCAAGCGAAUGAAGCGUACACGGAGUACCUCGCCUGGGCCUGACUCUGAAGACGGCUCCGUUGAAGCAGCUUCAAUGGAGGUGUCACCGACGGAUAGCAGCGGUCAACUUGAAACGUUGCCAACUGUUCAAAGCCUUGUCGAAGCCGCAGCCGGUCCUUCAUCUGACGAUCCAAUGUCACACCGGGAUCAGCUAGUGGAUCUCAGGAUUUCUCGCAACAAACGGCGUCACAGGCAUUUAAAGGUGCCUCAAGAGGCGAAAAUUGUCAUUUCUAAUGAGAAGUUAAGGAAGCAGGUUCGCACUUUGCAGCAUUUAGUGCACACUACAGAAGCAGGAGAAGUAUUGAAAGUAAGACAAGAGAAGGCCGUUCUGCAAUUGGGUCUUCAUGAGGCCCAAACUCUAAUUUCUUCACAAGAGGACCGGACGGCUGAUGUCUCUUCGGAACGAGAUGACCUAGAGAAACAACUGGAGACUGUCGAAUCAGAGCUAACAGAGGCCCGAAACAAUGUACGAAAUCUACUUGCCGAUACUGAAUCGAAGGACCACAUUAUAUCCAAUCUUAAUGCCGCUGUAACGUCAAAGACCAAAGAAAUUUCCAAGCUAAACGAGAUGGUGCAAGCAAGGGAUAAAGAUCUCUCCGGCCUACUUGCCGCUUUCGAAUCCAAGGACGUUGAACUGCGCAAACUCAAGUCUGAUAUGGUCUCAGCUGAAGCUCACAAGAAGCAAUCAGACGUCAUUAUCUCUGACCUUCGGAAAGAAAUGAAGACUACCACCGAGACCUUGAAGGCAGAGGUUCUUACCCAAAAAGCGUCUGUCGAACUUUUGAAACGUUCAGCCGAGGAUUCGCUGGAGCAGGCAAAGCGAUUGAAAGAAGAUGCCUCUACAGAGAUGAAAAAGGCGAACCGAUUGAGGGAACAUUACACCAAUAGUAUGAAAAAUCUUGACCGACUGAUUGAAGAAGCAAGCAACGAAGUGGAAAACGCCCACAACAAUUGUUCUGGAUUCCAGAGAGCCAGUCAGGAAGCCUCGGCACAGAUUGCAGAGUUGAAAGCAAAAUUAAAGAUCGCCGAAAUCAAGCUCCAAGCAAUGGCCGUUCCCGUCGACGCAAGUAAGGGCAAAGAUAAGGCGCCUACCACCACCGCACCAACGAACGUGGCCUCUGUCAAUACCGGUCAGGAUAAAGAAAUGCAAUCCUCCAAUAUACCAACAACAGCUGUGGACCACGUCAAUUCCGGUAAGGGUAAAGAAAAGGCAUCCACCAGCACAGCAACGGUUGUGGACGAUCAUGAUUCGAGUAUCCCAAACAGAACUGAUGGCCGCAAGGCGGAUCAUGACACACAAAGAAUGGUGCAGGUGCAGAUGAAAAUACGCCAAGGUUGGCUCUCAAAGUACAAAUCUAUCAAACCUUCAAUGAGUUUCGGCCGUGGAAACGCACAAGCUGGUCUGAGCGGUACACAGACAGGCGAAGAUGAGGAUGAUCCCAUGGAAGGGUGGAAUGGAGAAAUACUCCAGCAUGCCUAUGAUGAUAACGACACUUUGAGUGUUAAUAAAAAGGGUCAGAAAGGUAAAACGAGUCAAUCGAUUAUUUCCGCCGAUUUCUCCAUCCAUAGAGGGAAGGGAUUGCAGAUUGUAGAAAGUGAGGACGAGGUUAUGUCGCACAUGCAGAGCGCAAACGGUGACGACGCUGAUGUUGAUGGCGAUGACGACAUUGAUCAAGAAGAAGAGGAUGAAGAGGAGGAUAACGAGGAAGGAGAUGAGGAUAACGAGGACGAAGAUGGGGGUAAUGAAGACGAAGGGGAAAGAGCACAAACCGAUAUCCUCACCAGGACAGGUUCUGCCUCUACACUUGGAGGCCGAUACUCGAGAGAUGCCUCGCUAUCGUUUGUGAUGAAAGGCAAGAACGGUACAAAAAGGGAAAAAAUUGCGUUAGAGAAGGACAAUAAAAAAGUCCGAAAACAAUAUCUUGCCCUCAUUCGCAGCGUCGUGAAGGACAAAUUUGGCGUAGAACGAGACCCGGAUUUUGUCAAUCACAUACCACCAAGUCCCGGCGACAUUAUGCGAUUCGAAACCACGAUGCGCCCAGAAGAUGGCCCCAAGAUAGCAGAUCUCCGCAUUGACAUGAAGGGCGAAAUAUCCAGCGAUUGGAACGAAGAACUCGUAUCUAUACUGGUUACAUUUGCGACCAACAGAAAGGUCUCGCAAUUCCCUGACCUUCCUCAUCGGCCCCAAGACUACCUAGCUCAAAUGUUCUUUCAAAAGCUGGAGCGCGUAAGGACCUUUUGGAGGAAUAACCAGCCUCGGGCUACCGAUCUGGGAACAAUAGAAACCAACGCCGAAAGGGAAGCAAGAGUGGAGGCAAAAAGGAAAAAAGAUGAGAAAAGGAGUCGAAAGAAUAGUAGACGUGCAAACAAAUAUUUCGACCGUUUAUUCACAGUCCGAAGGAAGAUCGAAGAAAGCGAGAAAAGGGGCGACACCGCGAUGUUUAUCCUAUGGAGCCGUUUGCUGUCACUUCUCGAGGCCCUAGAGGAAGAUGGAAUGAGCUCGGAGGACUCUGAAGCUGACGAUGGGGAGGCCGUAUAUCAUGUCAGGCAGAUGCCGUAUCGUCGCAACGUUGACAAGCAUAUGGCAAUCAUCGACGCUGAAACAAAGCGUUAUAGAGGCGCCGUCACUACUCAAGGCUCAAACAAAUUACGACGAAUUAGAGGGGAAGAUAUAUUUUCCCUUCGCAGACCUUUCGUCGGGAAACCGAGACCACUUUAUGCACCGCCUUGGUUAAAACAGCAGACCCGAACGACUAUCAACAGGCUGAAAAUUCCAGAAAAACAUCCAUUCAAAUUUUUCGAGAUCAAGGUGCCGGACCCGAGUGCAUGA